GCCCGAUGGGGAAAUCGGGGCUGAACCAGCACCCGGCACCCGCCGGCUGCGCCAGCGCUUCUGGGCAGGCGGGGAUGGUGUGGGGGGCCGGGGACCCCUCUCCCCACAACCCCCAGCCCCAGGGACCUUCCAUCAGCUCCUCACGCUGCAGUUUCAUGGAUGAGCUGGAGGCGUUGCCAAAAUCCAGCGCGCAGGGAAAGCGGCUUUGGGGAGAAACCCGAUAAGGGCAGGGUUGGGUGGAAGGAGCAGUUUCUGCCUUUGACUUUAUUCCUGCUCUGCAAAAUCAUAGACAGGGCUGGGGGAUAAAAGCUGGAGCGGGGAGGGUUGUGCUUGGUUUAGAAACGCCUCUUGCCUAAAGCUCUGCAGCAGGGUCUGUCUGUUCCUUUGCUCGGCUGCUGCCCCCAAAUUCCCGGAGCAGCUCCCGGCCAAAGGAAGGCGGCCAAGGGCUUGGCUUGUGCCUUCUCGCCGGCUCCUCCCCAGCCGCAUCCUGGGUGGGCACAGUUGCCGGUGCAAACAAACACUCCAGAAUGAGUCCUGACACACCAAGGUGACAAUUAAAGCGCUGCUCUUGCGCCACGCCGCCGCUGCCGCGCCGGGGGUUUACAGCCGGGAGAAAAUGCUGUCGUGGGGAGGAAAUAAAACCAAAAGAGCCCCACCAAAAGUGGCGUUGCUCAAUCGUUGCCGGGAGCCGUGGCGUGAUUAUCUGGCUACCGUGCGGCCCCGGGUUUGUCCGUUUUGCAAGAUUUAUUGCUGCUUUUAUAAGCAGCCGCCUCCGCAGCGUGUCAGAGGAUGAUGAGAGGCUGAGGAUGAGCCCCAAAUUCCCUUUGCUUCUGACCCUGUGACAUCCCAUUGGAAAAGCUGGCAGCCUGGCAAAACCGACCUUAAAAAAUAAUUUAUUAACGAAACAGCCCCCUCCACGACUUUGGGACUGAGAUGGAAUCACAGCAGGAGGGUGAGGAGGAUCACUCCUUUGGUGUCUCGGGGUGCCUUGAGGGCUGACAGUCUCCUCUCCCCUCCCACAGCCGGGGCCAGCCCCCUCCACGAGUGUGGCGAGCGGCCGGAGGACUGGUGCCGCGACGCGGCCACCGCGGCCAAGUGCGGGGCGCUGGAGCUCUGCCGGCUCACGGCGUGGGACCGGGCGCUGGGGAAGGGGAUCCCCUGUCACCUGUGCCAGAUGGCAGUCUCUGUGGUGGGCAAGAUCCUGCAGGACAACCGCACUGAGGAGAAGCUGAGGCUCUUCUUGGAUAAGAGAUGCCAGUACCUGCCCUUCCAGGACUGGUCUGUCAAGUGCAAGAGGAUGGUGGACACGGGCAUCCUCGUCCUUGUCCAGCUGGGCAAGCAAGUGCUGUCGGAACCGAAGGUGGUGUGUGGGACCAUCAGGUUGUGCCAGCCCCGGAACAGACCCACGGGGACCUUGAAGUAUCAGCAGCCACCACCAGCUGCCACAGGCCCCACCCAGGACUUUGCUGACCUCAUUGCCCCCUUCAUGGCCAACGUGCCCCUCCUGCUCCACCCCCAGGAUCUGCCUCACGGCGAGGCCCAGGAGAUGGAGGAGGUGUGUGGGCACUGCCUGCAGCUGGUGACGGCCAUGCAGGAGGCGCUGGGGACCAACACUGCCUUCACCUGGGCGCUGGUGGGCCACGCCAAGAGGGUCUGCGAGACCCUGACACCCGACCUGGCACAGCUGUGCAAGCGCUCCCUGGCCGAGUACACGGACACGGCUGCCCAGCUGCUGCACUACCUGCAGGCUGAGGACCCAACGGAGCUGUGUGGCCAGCUGGGACUCUGUGCCUCCAACUCGGCACUGCCCCUCCACACGCUGCUCACAGAGAGGGUGAUGCAGCUCCUGAGCACGCUGGGGGACAGGGUGCGGAGCACUCCGCUGUGUGACAUGUGCCAGUUCACCGUGAGGACAGUCGAGAGCCUCCUGGAGAACAACGUGACAGAGGAACAGCUGGUGAACGACAUCGAGAAGGUGUGCUACAUGCUGCCCCACGGCGUCAUCGGGCAGUGCAAGGAUUUCGUCAACUCCUACGGCAAGGCCGUGGUGAUCAUGCUGCUGGAGGCCACCGACCCUGCGGCCGUCUGCACCAUGGUGCACUGCUGCCCCCGCAGCGGGGACGCCCGCCACGGGGCCGAAUCCCUGGAGCAGCUGGCGGUGAGCUCCGGCGCCUUCUGCAACGUCUGCCAGAUCGUCAUCACCUACUUGGACAACGAGCUGCUGAAGAACGAGACGCUGGAGGAGCUGGGCGAGGUGCUGGAGAAGGGCUGCGCCAUGCUGCCCAUGCCGCUCACCAGCAAGUGCCAGGCGCUGGUGUUGCAGUACGAGCCGGCGGCCGUGCGGCUCUUCGUGCAGAUGAUGGACCCCACCUUCGUCUGCACUAAAAUCAAAGCCUGUGACUCAGGCAAGGAGGAUCUCCUGGGCUCAGCUCCGUGUGUCUGGGGCCCGCAGUACUGGUGCAAGAACAUGGCCACGGCGGUUGAGUGCAGCGCUGUCGCACACUGCCGGCGCCACGUGUGGAACUAGGAGCCGUCUCCCCAGCUGGCUGGACUUGCUCUGCCGUUUGGCUGGGGAUCCUGGCUCCCUUCCCCGGGACGUGCCUGCACGCACAGACGGCAAUGGCAGGAGCCGACCGGCCUCGGCGCGCUGGCGGGGCUGCGGGGAACCCCAGCCUCGGCCGCUUCCUCUUCCACUCCUGGGGCUUGGAUUUCCAAAUCAGGUUAAGGGACUCGUUAAUAUUUUCAGGACUAGGGAUUCGGCCUUGACGUCUCUCAGGGCGACUGCAAAAUCCCCAACCUCUAUUCCCACCUCUGUCUCCAUCCCCAAUCCCUUCUCUACCUCUCCAUCCCACCCUGAACCUCUCGUAUGGCUCAGAUCCUGCAACGUGGAUCUGUCCCUGUGGGCUGGGCUGGGUUCUGCUGCCCAAACGCUGGCCCCCCACUGCUGGCUGGCGGCAGCCUCACCUGAACAUGAAAUGGAUGAGUUUGGGUGCCAGGAUUUCCUUUCGCACGCCCAUCCCUGCCAGGGGUGCUGUGGUGACCCAGCCGUGGUGGUGAGGGCAGCAGGGUGGCUCGUCCCUCCCCGCCGUAUCGGGGGGAUGCCUGCAGUGCCUGAUCCUGGGCGUGCAUGGGAGCAUCCCACCACAAAUAAACUCUUCCCAUGAGCCUGG